UUGAGAAAAGAUAAAAAAGUUUUCCUUGAGCUUGACACCUCGUGGUUAUUUGGGCGGAAGCGAGGUCUGUCCGAUCGCAUCAGCGGUGACUCCAUACUCCGACGUCAGAUCGUUGAUAUCGCAUUAUUUUUAUUUCGCGGUGCGCAUUGUGAAUUUCCCGAGCAAUUAUUUCAGCUAGCCGAGAAAAUUGCGCCCUCGCGCUCCUUAUAUGUAUAAAUACAAGUGGAGCAAAGCGCAUACGCGUACAGCGUUGCCUUUAGCAUCAACCGACAUGAACUCCUGGCUGUUUCUGCUCGUCGUUGGGACGGUGGUCUCUCGCGCCCUGUCCCAACCACCUUUCGAACCACCGCCCGAUGGAGGAUUCCGCGGCCACCACCACCACCACCACCACCACUGCUCUCCACCGGGGACCGACGACGGUACCUCCUCGUCAGCUUCUCCCGAGCAAACCACCUCCCCCGAUGCGGCAGCUGCCUUUGUCUCUAACCGCAGGAGCAUAGUCAGUCCGUCGAGUUUUGGAGUCGGUCUGCGGUCCCAACGACGCUCACCAGACUCGCCGCCCAAGCCCACCACCACCAACCAUCGAAGCGAAUAGGACCACAUUAAAAAACAUAUAUGUACCUACAUUGCGUUGUCGAAUGAAUAAAGAUUUCACCAUCUCCUGCA